AUGAAUGAAAAGCUAGAAAUGCCCUUUUCUUAAGAUCUUCUUGGUUUUACUUUUUAAUAUAACGCUACUUUGACUAUUGACUAAAUUUAAGCAAACUCAAAUGUAACUUAUUUAGUAUACUACGCUCAGUAUUAUUAUAGUGAUCCUAUUAACAAUUUCAUGCAAUAUGUCAAUCUGGACGUUGUUAAAUGCACUGAUCCCUAACUUUAAGGUUUAAACUGCGUUGAUUUUUCUAAAUUAAGUAAUAACUACACUUUACUUUUGGAUACAAAUAAGCAGAUUAUAUCCUAACUAUAAAUAAGCUUAUAUGGCUGUCGUGAUUUAGAUUAAAUAAAAACUACUGUUCCUGACAACUGUGCUCAAUAGUAAGAUAUAGAUAAUAUUAUCAGUAGUCUUUAUGGUCAAUUUUAUUUAAAAUUAAAAACUUAAUAAUAUAAUACAACUUCCAUGAAAAUUUAGACCUAUUAUAGAAAUAUCUUCAAUUAUCUAACUCCAAGUUAAUGCAUAAUCAGCACUUUAAAAACACAGCUAUAAAACACUUAAGUAAGCGAAGGGUUAGUUUUCCAAACUUAAUAAACUUACUCCUCACCUAUUUAGUAUGAUUAACUCUUAUAAAGCUUUGAUAGGUAGUUAUCUUUGGAAGAAGGACUAGGGCCAUACCUCUAAGAGAACAUUUUAUUAGAUGAAAUUUUACAAUAAUUCUAAAUUUAAUAUCCAGCAAUCACUGAAGUUUUAGCAUAAGUUAAUAGUAUAACUUUUAUAAUUAUUUUUUCAAGAAUAAUUGGAAGAUUUUUCUCAAAAAAACUAAUAUACUAAGACAUUUUUAUGCAUAAUGAUAUGAUACAAUAGAAAAAUGACUUUUAUCUAAAAUCUUUAAAUAUUUAAAAUGAGUAUAUUGAAGAUAAUUUAGAAUAGGAAAGCUUACCAUCUGCAAUAGUUUUACCAAAUUUCAAAGCAAAAUUUAAAGAUUAUGUUGAAUAAAAUUAGAUUAAAAAUUCAUUUACCCAAUAAAAUAUUUUAGAUUUUCAAAGUUCUAUAAUUUAAAAAGAUGAAAUCAAAAAUUAAAGAAGUAAAGAAUUGAUAAAUUCAAAAGAUAAUCAACAAUACUCGUAAACUAACUACUCUAAUCUAGGAAAUUAUAUUUAUAAUAAAAAAUAUGACAUUAAUGAAUAAGAAAUUAACGAUUCAUAAAAUUCUUAUGGAGAAAAAAAAUUCCAUAAUAAAAAGCAGCAUAUUUCAAGCAAGAAUAUUGAUUAUUUGUAAGUAAAAAAUAUCCAUAAAGAAGCUUAAAGAAGCAUGGAUAUCUAUCAAAUGUAUGAAGAUAUAAUCUUUUUGAAAAAAUCUAUUUCAAUGCUUCUAAGUUAAGAAUAAUUAUCUGCUAUCUAAUUUGUAAGCCUCACAGAUAACUAUUUAAACCUUGAUUUAAACAGUAGCGAUUUUGAUAUCCAAUAUAAAAAAUUAGAAGGUAAGUUAAAUCACUUUGAAAAAUAAUUUUUGACAUUGUAAUCUUAGAAAUUAUAGAUAGAUAAUAUAAAUAAAUUUAUAAAAAACUUAAUGGAUUAAGAUAAAAAUAAUGAAAUAGAUAAAAGAAUAAUUACUAGUAUACUAAAAAGUUAAUGA